CCCUGGCGGCCCGCCCAGCCCGCGGGGCUCCCGGCCACUCGCGCGGGCGCUCGCUCCGCGCACCGCCCAGCCGGCUUACCCGGAAGGGCGGGCGCGCUGGGCUCCCGGCGCUGUGUUCCACCGGCGAGGCGGGUAAUCAUGGCAGCCGAUGAGGAUAACAAAAAACAAGUUCUUAAGGAGCCUUUGUCAGAUAAAGAAUUUAUGAAAGAUGAACAAAGAGAGAGAUUAAUUGAUGAAAUUGUAAGAAAUACUCAGUUAAAGGAGGAGAUCCAAAGGCUUGAAACUGAGUUACAAGAGGCCACCGGAAACUUCCAGAUUAAAGAAGAUAUUCCUGAAACAAAGGUGAAAUUCGCAUCGUUAGAGAAUCCUGAGAAUGACAGCCAGUUUUUAAAUAUCUCCUGUUCAUUUCAAGUGAGCUCACAAGUUCUUUAUGAGCUGCAGAAAGGACAAGCCCUUAUCACCUUUGAAAAAGAAGAAGUUGCCCAGAACAUCAUCAGGAUGGGGAAGCAUCAUGUGAAGAUAGAAGAUGUAGAUGUGGAGGUUUUGGCCAAGCCAGUUCCAUUAAAUUCAGGAGUCAGAUUCCAGGUUCAUGAAGCAUACUCUAAGGUGAAGAUCAACGUUACUGAAAUUCCUGACGGAUUGCCGGAAGAUCAGAUGAGAGACAAGCUAGAACUAAGCUUUUCUAAGUCCAGAAACGGAGGCGGGGAAGUGCUCCGCGUGCAGUACGAUAAGCCGUCCCGCAGUGCUGUGAUCACGUUCACGGAACCUGGAGUUGCUGACAAGAUUUUGAAAAAGAAAGACUAUCCGCUUUAUAUAAAUCAAAACUGCUAUAGAGUUACUGUUUCUCCAUACACAGAAACACACUUGAAAAAUUUUCAGGUGUUUUCAGGAAUAUCGGAGAGGACAGUGCUUCUGACUGGGCUGGAAGAACUUCAGAUGACGGAUAUAGAACUUUUAGAGGAUUUAGUUAGCAUUCAUUUCCAACGGGAGAUGAACGGAGGUGGAGAGGUGGAAGUGGUCAAAUGUUCUCUAGGUCAACCUUGCAUCGCAUACUUUGAGGAAGAGAGGAAUGGAAUGAUCUGAAUAUUAUUAGAGCCUGUGAGCCCAAAUCACUGUCAGUAUGUGACAAAAAUGGAUAUCCCUUUUCCUUUAAAGAAUGAAGUCUUUUAAUUCUUUAGUGGCCAUUUAUUCUUAGAUACAAAAUAUGUUUCUGAAUUCUUCUUUGUUUCAAACCCUGUUGCAUGCUUACCAAUGCAGUAAGUGCACUAUAUUAAAAAGUUUUGUUUGUUCAUAAA